AUCUCAUUUUUGGGAAGAUAUCAUAACGACAAGCGUAGUUGUCUGAACGGUCGACCUUGGUGAAACACAAUUUUGGAAAAAUGUGGAAAAGAAUAGCCCUCAUCGCCGUGUUGGCGUCAGUGAGAUGUAGCCCAGUGGAACACAGUAUUGAGGAGAAUUUAGUGGGUGCGGUUUCGGAGUGCAUCGACAAAGAUACGUCACUAUGUUUGAAGGAAAAAGCGCUUAAGUACACAGAAAGGUUGGCCAUUACGAAAGACAUUAACCUUUUUGAAGGUAUGACGUUAAUAAACACUGGGUCAGCACGAUCCGCUCGCAGCUAUGAACAACUUUCUGAAAACCCAAAAACCAGGGAAAUGCAAAUCGAUGAAAGAAUAGCAAACGACGUAGGUGACUUCCUAGAUAACCACGUACUGCAGUUACGUUUGUCUGAUAGUGAAGAUUCCACAGCCGUUGAUGAAGAAGAAGGUCGUGGCAAGAAGGGAGGCAAAAAGAAGAUCAAGAAGAUUCUUCCUCUUCUUCUUCUCUUGAAGCUGAAACUCGCUGCUCUGGUUCCACUUUUCCUCGGAAUAAUUGCGUUCGCCGCAGUGAAGGCAGUGUUCCUUGGAAAGAUUGCGUUCGCCCUGAAUGCCUUCAGUGUAAUCAGAAAGUUGCUCUCAAAGAACAGCCACGGCUCUUCAGCUGUCAGCUAUACACAGCAUCAUGACGAUCAUUCUGGCUACAACUACGAGCCAGCCCAAGGAUGGAGUCGGAAGGUCAACGACGGCCAAAGUAUGGCAUACGCCGGACAACUCUCGAAUUAAUCUUUCAUUGUAAAACCAAGGUCGAAUGCGUGUGUUUGUGUGUAUGAUAUAUUUAUUGAAGAAUGUUUGUGUUGCCAUAUCAGUACCUCAGUCUAAUUUAUUUAAUUUAUGACAAAUAAAAUGAUAAUAGAAUUUUUAAUUUUU